CAAAUAGCAAUUCGCUUUUACGACGCGGUCGACGAUGUCAUGAUUCGCUCUUCUUCUACGGCGGAAUCUUUGUCCUUCUUCGAUCGCACAACCCUAAUCUCUCCGAUCGCUGCCGAACACGGCCGCUACUCCUCCGGAGAGACUCCGCUGAUGUGAUUUCCGCUGGUUGGAUUGCCUUGGCUGGUGGAUUUUGGGGUGUUCGCCUCGGGAUGGGUUGCGGAGGCUCCAAGCUCCAGGAGGAGGCCGCGGUGUCUCUCUGCCGCCAGCGAUCCCAGCUCCUUGCCGAGGCCAUCCGUUAUCGAUACGACCUCGCCGACGCUCACGCCGCCUACGCUCGAUCCCUCCAAUCCGUCGCUGUCGCCCUCCAUGAGUUCCUAUACGGCACCCGGCCGCCCCAUCAGGCAUCCCCCGUCCUCCCACUACCUUCCCAGAGGAAAGGUGAUCCUGUUCCGCCAUUCACGCCCUCACCCCUCCCCGCCGCCGCCGCUGCAGCGGCUGUGUCCCUUCCCUUCGCCGCUGUCCACGGCCACUCUCAAUCUCACUCUGGUUCGCACAUCAAUUUCCACCCCUCCGAUUCCGACUCGGAUGAUAUUUCUCCAUUUCACUCGGAUGGAGGUUCUCCGCUUCACCACCUGCCCGCGGAUGACUCUGCCGCCGUUGGGAAAACCUACGUCAACCUUAACUAUGCGAAAAAGGGCCCGAAGUCGUCCGUCACCCACGAGCAGCAGCCUCCAAAUUCCGAGCCGGUGCGUUUUGGCUCCGUCGAUGAACCAGCUUCCGUGGCUGGCCCUUAUUAUGGCUACCCAUAUCCUCCUCAAAAUUCCAACUUUUACCCUUCCUAUCCUUCUUACCAAUCACACAUGAACUACGGGGAUGGGAUGAGUGGUGGGUUCUUUGGUUUCUCUUCGCCACCUCCAAACAUUCCACCACCAGCCAUGGCAGCAAGUGGGAGUCCUACUUCCCGGGAGCCUCCACCGCCUCCAACUUCUACGGCUUCAGCAUUCGACUUUUUGAACCCAUUUGAAUCGUUUGAUAAUUAUUUUGCGCCAUACUCGCCUAGACGUAGCUCAAGGGAGUUGAGAGAGGAGGAAGGGAUCCCUGAUCUAGAAGAUGAAGACCGGGAGGUAGUCAAGGAAGCAUAUGGCGAUCCAAAGUACACAGCUUCCACAUCAGCCUCUGCGAAUGGUGCGAAUGCAACGUACUCCGGCAAGACUGCUAGGCGAUCAAAAGAAGUUGAGAUAAACAGUGCUGAUGAUGCUUCCCAACGAAAGGCUAAGCCAGUGGAGGCAGGGAGCAGCUCGGAGCAUGAGAUUCACAUGAUUGAGAAGAGUGUGGUGGCUGAACCUGCAGAGCGGCGCUCUGCAGGAUUUACAGUUUCCCGAAAUUACCAGAAUGAUUCUGAGAUCGUACAAGAGAUAAAGACUCAGUUUGAUAGGGUUUCGCAAUCGGUUGAGCAGGCGUCCAAGAUGCUUGAAGUCGGAAAAACUCUAUAUCAGAAAAAAAAAUCUUCUCACAAAGUUUCUGUCAGGAGGAUGAUAUGCGGGUUGUCUCUAACUUCGACCAAUGCAGAUCUGUCAUAUGAAGAAGAUGACAGUCUUUCAUCAACAUUGCAGAAACUCUACAGUUGGGAACAAAAGCUUCUUGCAGAAGUCAUGGAUGAAGAAGAGAUGAGAGUUCAAUAUGAAAGAAAACGUCAAGACUUGAGGUACUUGAGUGAAAGGGGUGCAGAAGCUGAAAAGCUUGAGGCAGUUGAAACUUCCAUCAGAAAGUUAUCUACAAAGAUAAGAAUAUCCAUUCAGGUUGCGGGCACAAUUUCAAAUAAAAUUAAUCAGCUAAGGGAUGGAGAACUCUGGUUACGAGUCUGUGAAAUUAUCAAUGGUUUUGAAGAAAUGUGGAGAGUCAUGUCAGAAUGCCAUCUUAUUCAGCAUCAAGCAAUAUCCCAAGCACAAAACCUAGACUCUGCUGUGCCUGGAGGAAAGCCUCCUGAUGCUUUGGAGACAAUAAAGCAUUUAGAAUUGGUUAUGGCUGAAUGGAUUGCCAAUUUCUCUAUUUGGGUUACCGCUCAAAAGAUGUAUGUCAACGCUUUGAAUGGAUGGUUAAGGAAAGGUAUAGCUUAUGAGCCUGAGGUUACUGAUGAUGGAGAGGUUCCUUUUUCUCCUGGGAGAUUAGGUGCACCCCCUGUAUUCGUUAUCUGCAAUUACUGGUCCUCCAGUAUAGAUAUGGUAUCUGAAAUGGAAGUUAUUAAAGCAGCACAGUCAUUUAUCGAUAAUGUCCUAAAUAUAUGGAAAAAGCACAAAGCUGUGCAGCAGCAGAGGCAGUUAACAAAUAAAGAUAAGAAUAGCAAACUAAGGUCAAUUGAAAUGGAAGAACAAGAACUGCUUAAACAGAGAAAGAAAUUACUUACAAUUUCUAGCGAGAACAAGAUGCCAACAAUUGAACAUGAGGAUCGUGGGCCGACUGUCAUAAGUUUCCAGUCAAGUCUGGGACAUGUCUUUGAAGUUGUGGAAAAUUUUUCUGCUAAUACCAUGAAAUUAUAUCAGGUUCUUAACAAGCAAACUGAAGAAGAGAAACAAAGAUUGGCUGGAGAGGAUGCAAGAGGGUCGUAGGAUUAUGCAUCACUUUAUUGAGUUUUCAUUUGGUUGGCCUCCCUGAGAUUUUACAAAGUCUGAAAGCCUGAUCUUCUACCUUAUAUUGAAAAGGCAAAGCAAUUCAUGUCAUGGAUAAACAGGCCUUACAAGUGAAUUGUGGGGAGGCCUGACAAGUGAAGUGACUCAUUGGCUAUGAAGCACAGACACUAACUUAGGAAUGAACACUUGAUAAAAAUUAAAUUCCAUACAGUAAAUUGUUUAAGGAUGGAUAGCCAAGAAUGAUGACAGGUGUUCCGAAUGGAUUCUAUGCCCUUCCUAAGCAAGGAAUGAAAUCAUCUUGGUACUGGAUCCAAAUUUGCCAGCAUAGUGUAUGACAACAGAUGCUUGGUGGAAAAGUGAACGAGUCAUUUGACAUAGCUACGAGUUAGCUCCAUUUCAUAUGUUUGCAGUGGUAGGGGUAUGCAUUUGAGUAUUGAAUGGGCUUUGGAGUUUCUGAAAAGCAACCCAGAAUCAUGGAGUGAACUUAGGCUGAAUGGUUCUGGAAUGAUGUUGAGUGACGACAUAAAUACAUCAAACAGCUCUGAGUGAUCUGAGGUGAAAGCCCAAUCAUUCAUGAUUAUUUUGACUGGCAAGUUCUGAGAAGCUGUCUUUGCGGUAGUAUGGGGAGCAAACAUCUGGAGAACAAUUUCCAUGCUCCAAGCCUGCAGUCUAGACGUUGCGGUACUCUAAGCCAAGAGUGUUUUCGAGUAUAUGUUGCCACUUAUGCUGCUGUUGUUGCUGCAUCACGAUGAGCUUGGUGCAGUGUAAGAUGUGAACAUUUGCCGCAAACACACUUUCUACCUCUCAGAUGGCAGCACAUCAUUAUCUGUUCCUGGUGCAUUAGGGUAUACAGGUUGCAGGGACACAAAUUUCGAACCAACAUAUUUCAGUUUGCAAUCUCAUGUAUAGGCACUAGUCAAGGCAUGUUGAGUUCUUUAUCUAUAGAGUGAGGUAGUUUCUCUUUACACUAGAAUAGCACAGAUUUAACUUUUUUAAAAUAAUUUAUUAUUACAAUGUUUUUUUUUCUUUUUAAAAUUCAAAUAUUUAUGCUGGCACUGCCAGUUUUGUUUCCUUAAUUUCGGUGGCUUAUUGCCAAUUAUUCAUGUGUUUUACUUAGAUCAGUUCAUACUGAAUUGAUUACGUGCAGUGCUAUCAAUAUCAUCAGAUACCUGCACAAUGACUUUGUUUCCCAACUGUUUCAAAUUGUGAAUUUUAGAAUCUCUGAAGCUUUUGUAGGUAAUUUAAUAUUGUAGGGUCGAUUGCGCUGGUUGAAUGAAUCCGGAAUGGAACGAAAAGCUAAUCUUAUUGUUGAUUAAUAUUAGUUUCAAUUCUUGUAAAUAUCAUUUGUUGUAUAUAUCAUGGUAGAAUUCUUGUUCCAAGUGUUAGACAUUAGAAUGAAGACGAAGUCGCCAUUCAUGUGGGGUGAAAUAACUCAUCAGUUGUCAAACACGUCUUUGCCUGUACUACAAUGAAUGGAUGAAAUGAUGAAGAUGGAUGAAACAGGUGUCUGAAUUUUGAUUUAUGUAUU